CUUUUUUUUAUCGCUAUCGAGCAUGCCGGAACAAACCUCACCCGACUUUGGUAAUGAUCACUGUGAAGUGCAAUUUGCGACUUCCGCGUCUUACAUCCCUGCUUCCCUUCUUUUCAUUCUCCGUCUAAGUGAGAAUAGUCAGUCACUGAGUCAGUCUCUGACUCAGUCGGCAUAUCACGGGUGUGGUACUGAUUUAAGCGAUACUCACUGUAUCACUCUUCGAUAUGGCCACAGGACAAACAGAGCGCGGGGGAUCGGGGUCGGUCUAGCCAAUUGAAGCAAUUGAAGCAUAUCAGUCACACGACACCAGUCAAGAAGAGAGAUCAAUGUACAAGCCUCCUCCCACACCCGCAGGAUUGGCGCCACUUCGGCUGUUGAGAUGCAUACGGGGAGCAGCAGCAUGAGCAUGUUGCAUUCUCUCGUCGUCGUCGCUGGGCGACUCCAGGUCAAUCACCUCACGAGCACGCGCGUCGUUCACAGGAGGCGCGAGCUGGGGAGGCGACACAUCCAGCUGCGCAUGCGAACGACUGAGGUGACACACAGCAACGACCAGAGUCGGACUCGGAGUCUGCCUUCGGUGUCCCGUAUGUGUGCUUACGGCUGUUCAGCAGAGUGCCCGUGCUCGUGGCCAUGCGCCGACUCUGCAACGCCCUGGCCCACAGACAGGCAAAGACAUGCCGUGUUGAGUCUUUGUGUAUUCCAUAAGUUGGAUGCGACGCCUUACCUGAUCUGCGCGAGGGCCAUUGAGCACAGGAGGAAGCAGGGGGGGAGGAAGGGGCGCGGCCAUCGAGGACGGCUCGUGUCUUGCCCGAGACGUCGGUGGCUCACUCUCCUCCUCCAAGUCAAUUACCUGCGUCAACCAUUCUUCAUAUGAAUGCACACAACCAUACAUGGAAAGCAGUAUACCUCGGGUGAUGACCUUUGUCGCUUCGGUAAUCUUGCAGGAGCAGCUGCGGCGGCUGAUACACACGAAGAAUGUAUGGAUCGGUACAAUGCAGUAGGCACCUGCAUACCAGCGGAUGCUCGAGAGACGUCACCAAGAAAGGGUUCCUGCUGCACCCACCAAAAACACACAUGCACAGCAUCGUCAUUCAAUGCAUGUUUUCUGACCUUGACCACAGCCUGUGCGCCACGCCUGACGUCCUCAGGAGCAGGCAGUUGCCACCUUCCGUCCUUUUGGACAGACCACAAAUUCGUCCACACCGGUCCAUUCUGUCUGAAGUGUUUCGUGUUACCUCUGUGAUUUCGAUCUCGUCGACGUUGGCCGUCUGCCUGUCCGCGAGAAGGCGUUUGAACCACAUGUCAACAGUCAGGUCGGCGGGCCUGAAAAUGAACGCAUGUUACGUAGACGACGAGAGCGGACGCUGUGCGUCUUGAUGUACCGUACAACUAGGUGGCAGCACGGGCACUUCCACCUGCUCGUGGGAGGGAGGCAAUCAAGCUCCUCUGCCACCUCUUGGUUGUGUCCCUCUCUAUGUGCGUGCGGGUGCACUGGCGACCUGUUGUUAAAUGACCUCUGCGUGCUGGUGAUCUCGAGAAAACCCAUCAGGUCAAAGCACUGGAGGUGACGACACGAACGACCACGAGCAGGGAUCGAAAUACUGAGAGAGAAAAAAUGCGGACACCUCCAUGAUUUCUUUCCUUGGAUGUAGCUGCGUACCGAUGAAGUGUAUUUGGGCACGUUAGCUUCACUUUCCGUCCGCCCUGGACGCAUGUCACCUGUACAGACCAUGCCAUGCUGCUGAGAGCGAAUACAGUACUGACGCAAACACACCUCGUCAUCGUGAUUCUGCCUAAAGAGAUCCAACACUGAAGAAGAAGACCAUCCUGUGCAGGCAUCCUAGAAGACCGUGCUUCUUCUCACCUCUUCUGAGCCCGUCCCUCUCAGAUAUUUCCUGUCUGCGCACAACCUCCUGAACAGUACGACAGCAAGCCAGAGUGAGUCACAUGUUUCUGUUUUGCCACGCAGUGCCUCACUUCGAUGUCUGCAGGUGUGCGCCGCUGAGCUACGAAGAAACCAAUAAUGUACGCCUACACGAACGCAAUAGAGCACGGAUACAGGCACACCUUGAACACGGCUCAUCAUUGGUCUACCGGCCUGAUGGUGACCCGCCGUCCAUCUCGGUCCACUUGCUCAUCAGCGAUGCUCCAGUUGAUUUCUACUCUGUUGUUGCCCUGAUUCUGACCGGCGCUGAAGUACUUGGUUAGCUGCAAAAGUUUCUCACAGAAGGAUGAAGCCGAUAUUUUCAUCUUCCUUCUAUUUUGACAGCUCCCUCUUGCGCGUACGUUGAGCGGCUCUUCUCUCCUCUUCUUUUCUGGUGACGCCUUCGGAAUCUUGGCCUCUUGUGGAAGCUGCAGCGCACACGAUUUCCGAUCCGUUUCGGUCACACAACCACCUACCGUGUCAUUGACUUUUAUCGACAGCUCAUAGGGCCACGUGUGCGUGAGUGAGGUGUCCCUGGUCGACAAGCAUCGAACCCAAAUCUCGUAGUUUUUCCUGAUCACACGUGACGUUGCGUCAUGGGCGUACAUGCUCAUGAUGGAUCUCUCACCGCCUCCACUCAACUAGCCUCGGAAGAUGCAGUGUCUGCUGCUUCAUAUUGCUUCCCGAAACCAACACAUGCACAAACAGAGGGCCGUCAACCUGAACCAAACACAUGCACCGUGGCCAUACCCAAGAAAUUCAACGGUCAUCACGUACCCAGGUGACCUGCGCUGUGUACUUGUGCUUGCUUACCACUUGGUUGAAUGGGUCCAUCUUCUUGAACCGACAGAUAUGACACACGUAGCGGCUCCUGUCCCCGUGAUAGUGCACACAACGCUCAUGCUGAAGGAAGCGAGAAGGAAACGCGGAAGAGGAACUUAUGCCCGCUAUGCUCUCAGUCCACCCGGCCACCCCACUUACAUAUAGUCCGUAACACUCCCUGCAGCGGACAGAUGGCGACGAGAACGUGCUUCCCAUAUCUCGCCGGCCGCACAAACAUGCCCCCGGCGGUGGACUUCCCGACGCCAAGUUGCCCGACGCUGCCGCCGCCGAUGAUGGCACGUUCCCGCUAUAACGAUCAGAGUCCGGAAACCUUCACACACACCAUGUAUCGUGCCAUGAGGUUCAAUGGUCUUCAGCGCGUACCUGUACAUCGCUAUGGUUGGUUGGUUAUUGUUCAGGCUCGUGCUGACGCAUUGG